AUGGGUUUUGAUUACGAGAAAAUGAAGCAAGAGGAGGCAGAUGGCCUUCGCCGAGCCGCCUUCUUCGGCAUUGCAAUCUCAACAGUUGCAACGCUCACAGCAAUUAUUGCUGUGCCAAUGCUCUACAAUUACGCACAACAUAUUCAGUCAUCAUUGCAAGGCGAAGUUGACUUUUGCAAGCAUCGAACCGAUGGUCUGUGGCACGAAUAUUCGGCUGUAGAAGAUGCAGCUGGAAUUCCAAGCAGAACCAAGCGUGCCGUCCGCACUCGAGUAACCGGUAGAACAAUAAGGCGACCAGCACGGGCCCGUGCUGCCCCAUCCUUCAAUGGUCUAUCAGGACCCGGCUUCAGUGGAGGAGAAUGCUGCAGCUGCGGUGUUGGACCUCCAGGACCACCUGGACCACCAGGACCUGACGGAAUGCCAGGCAAGUGA